GAAGCAGAUUCGCGCCUGAACUUGAGUUGCUCUUGUAUUUUUUCCAUUUUUUGUCCUUAAAUCUUGAUAUUUAAUUAAAAUGCAUGCAUUUCUCAAAGGAGCGAAGCCCGCUGAUGUCGCAAAAUCCGGCGGUGAAGGUCCCAGCAAGGAAAAAAAGAAACGUCCCGUGCCAUGGGUAGAAAAAUAUCGUCCCAAAACCGUAGAAGACGUCGUCGAGCAAGGCGAAGUGGUUUCGGUGCUGCGGGAAUGUCUCUCGGGUGCCGAUUUGCCAAAUUUGCUGCUCUACGGACCACCGGGCACGGGUAAAACGAGUACAAUUCUCGCCGCUGCACGUCAAUUGUUCGGCGAUUUGUUCAAAGAUCGCGUUCUCGAGCUAAAUGCCUCCGACGAUCGUGGCAUCAGUGUCAUUCGGACCAAAGUAAAGAGUUUUGCGCAACUCACAGCGAGCGCUUGUCGUCCCGAUGGAAAGCCAUGUCCCCCUUUUAAAAUUAUUAUUUUGGAUGAGGCAGAUGCCAUGACGCAUGCCGCCCAAGCUGCGCUGCGACGAACCAUGGAAAUGCACACAAAAACCACGCGAUUCUGCCUAAUUUGUAAUUACGUGUCGAAAAUAAUUCAACCGAUCACGUCUCGAUGCACGAAAUUCCGGUUCAAGCCGCUAAAAGAAGAGAUGGUUAUUGAAAGAUUGCAACUGAUUUCGGACUCGGAGCUUAUAAAAGUCGAUCCAGAAGCGUUAAAAGCGAUUGUUGGCAUCAGCGGAGGUGAUAUGAGACGCGCUAUUACCACUUUGCAGUCGUGUUAUCGUCUCAAAGGCAACGAAAAUGCAAUCACCGAGACGGAUAUCUUGGAAAUUUCGGGAUUUGUGCCCCCGAAGUACUUGGAAAAAUUUUUGUCGGCAUGCAAAUCGGGCGAUUUCAAGCAACUAGAAGAAUUUGUCGAAGAUUUCUUGUACGAAGCCUUCAGUAUUGGACAAUUUUUCGAACAAUUCAACGAAUUUAUUGUAUUCCACGAUGGUUUGACGGACAAACAAAAGGCCGGAAUUCUCGAUAGACUCGGCGAAUGUUGCUUCCGACUGCACAACGGCGGUUCCGAGUACAUUCAGAUCAUGGAUUUUGGGUGUGCGACAAUUCAAGCGUUGCGUCAAUGAACUUUUUUCUGUUGAAACUUUUGUAUUUUUUCUCAUAUUGUAUUAAAAAUCCUUAAAAUUAGCAAAAUUUAUUGAACUAUUUC